AUGGAAGAAAUCAAGAUCCCCUCGCCGUCCGCGAUUUUAGACAUCCCGCCCGCCGUUUCGUCGGCCGGGGCCCAUUCCAAAGCCUCGUCCACGUCCGCUCAAAGAACGAACACGAGUCCGAUUACUAACAAACCCAAGAAGUCCAAAAGCCGUAAUGGCUGCAUUACCUGCAAGACAAAGCGACUGAAAUGUGACGAGUCCAAGCCCACUUGCCUGCAAUGCAAAAAGCGGAACGUGGACUGUGGCGGAUACAAAAAGGACUUCAAGUGGCGCCCCUUCGAAGAGACCAACGUUGCCCAGAAAACGGCGGUUGCAAAGUCCAAAAAAGGUAGGCACUCAUGCUCGGAGCUGACCGCUCCGUCCGACGACGGUCCUGACGCUUUCUCUACAGUCUCUUCGUCGCCUCCCUCUCACCGGAGAACCAACUCCGGUCCUGCAGCACCGCCCGCAGUAACGCGCUCAAAAGCACGCGCGGUAGGCCAGACAGCCUCGCCAACCGGCUCACCGGUGGAACCCAGGAAGCUGUCGAGUCCUGGUAAAAUUUCUUCCAUUCUAAACGCUUCACCUAGUCACUCCAGUGGGUCACUGCCGCAAACUGAUAUUACCCAGUUCGCAGAUGAGUUUCUCACUCAUCACAGCCUAGGCAGCCUGGGUGAGGAUAUUACUGAUAUUACUGCACCGUCACUGGCCGAGAUCACCCCUUCAGACCAAUCUCCCUGGUUCUCAGACAUAUCAUUCCCCAUUCUGGACCCGGAGACAAGCCCUGACAGAGUUACGGUCGCAACUUCAGAGGAGGAUGUUCUCCAAGAUCCCGGUAAUUUCAGUUUCGAGGCUCUUCUAGAAGGAGAUAAUGAUGAUAUCGAAGAGAUCGUGCGACAGUCCGACCGGGGCAUGGGGCCACCCAUCCCGGGGCUCGGAGGACCAGGUUUCAUGUCGCAUCUUCAGCGCUUGAACGCUCCCCCAGAACUCCUCCAGGAGCCCCGGUUUGGAAUCGCAGCCCCCGAAAUGCUGGUGCUGCAAUUUGACAGAGUGACCUGCGGGAUACUGUCGAUAAAGGACGGUGCCCACGAGAACCCGUGGCGAACGUUGAUCUGGCCGUUGGCGAAGGAUACCCCUGCUCUAUACCACGCCGUCUUUGCCUUGGCAGCUUUUCAUUCCAGCAAGCAAGUCCCCGGGUUGAGGGUACUUGGAGUAGAUCACAUGCGUCAGAGCAUCACCUGCAUGGUACAGGACAUUCAGAAUAUGAGGACGGAUGCUGCGUUGGCCACGAGUCUGGCACUCGCUUUCGCCGACACUUGGGAUCAACACACUCGCACGUGUAUCCAGCACCUGCGGGGUGCGAAGGCGCUGGUGUCGCAGGUCAUUGGAACUGGACUGCAGAGUGGGAUGAGUGGAACCGAUCUAGAAAGAGUUCGGUUUCUCUAUAACACCUGGUUGUACAUGGACGUGAUCGCGCGAUUGACAUCUCAGGAGGAUAGCGGGAAUUCAGAACUGGACCUGUCGGUCCUUCAGCCUCCUAGUGAUGCAGUGCAUGAAAUUGAUCCUUUGAUGGGCUGUGCCACCACGCUUUUCCCAAUCAUAGAUCGGGUUGUUCGGUUGAUUCAACGGGUUCGCAAGACGGAAUCCAACUCCAUCUCGCUGGUCUCUCAGGCCAUCGAGCUGAAGAGGCUGGUCGAGCAGUGGGAGCCUCCUGACUGGUUUGAACCGCCCGAGGACCCGACCUCGGAGGUGCAGCAUAGUAUUCAAACCGCCCACGCUUACCGCUGGGCAACCCUUCUUUACCUCCAUCAAGCUGUCCCUGAAAUGCCCUCGGAGUCCGCGCCCGAAUUAGCCAAGCGGGUGCUACUUCUACUUGCCACCGUCCCUCCUAGUUCUCGGACGACGAUCAUUCAGAUGUUUCCUCUGCUGGCGGCCGGGUGCGAGGCAGAGCAAGAGGAGGACCGCGAGUGGGUAAUGAAUCGGUGGACUGCAAUCCAGACCCGCCUGAUGCUCGGCUCGAUCGACCGCUGUAUCGAAGUCGUUCGUGAAGUCUGGACUCGCCGAGAUGCAUUUGCAGCAGAAAAGCAGCGACGGCAAGCCCGAGCUGCGGGUCGUUCCAACUCCCAAGGUCUCCCUCGCGAUGCCAUUGGGAAAGAUGGACUCUCGUUCAUGGGUUCGGGAUCAGGAGACCGCUCACCCAGUAAAGCUGUCUACGGCAAAGAUCCGUGGAGGCGGCCUUCCACAGACGAGCGGGCAGUUCCCUCCCGGAUAUCUUCUGUAAACGCACGGCGAGCUUCGACGGCAUCGCCCCUUGAAAACAUAGAAUUCGAAAAGACGGUUCGGGGUAGCUUGCAUUGGGUGAACGUCAUGCAGGACUGGGGUUGGGAAGGGGAGUCUACCGUGUUCUCGGUUUCUCCAUCUCCAUCCUCCGUCCCCGGUCGAGGGGAUAACGAGGAUGACGAUGACGACGAAGUCAUUUUGCCUCUCGCUAGAUACGAUCGAAGGGAUUCCAAGUAUGGCUCCAAAUCGCUCGUUAUGGCCACGGUAGUCAUUUUGGCUUCUUUCGCUUCUUGGUAG